AUGGCUAAAACUAAGACAACCACAAGAAAAGAAUAUCGGCGGUGUCCAAUGUGUUCGGAACCUGCAGGAACAGAAGAAGGAUUCAAGAAACACAUUAUGGUGUGCGCCAUGAGAGUUUUUGAGUGUCCAACCUGUGAUUUUACCAACACUAGAAAACUCAAUCUCAAGAGACACACCAAACGAUGUCAUCCUGGCUUAAGGCCUAAUGAUGAACUUAUCAAACUGGGUGCAAAAGAGCAAAGUAAAGAGAAGGCAGGUGGUUCGUUGAAUGAAGAAAACAAAGAUGAGGAAAGCGCAAAUGAAGAUUGGUUGGACCAGGACCCUGGUGAAGUUAUAGGCGAGAUAUACUCUGCAGACUCUUCGAGUAGUAACUCAAGUGAUGAGAAUGAAGAAGAUGUUAUUGAUGAGCGGAAGGAGAAACAGGAUCCGAAGAAGAAAGAAGACAAUCUGUUAGAAGGAAGACUUUUCCGUAAGAAGACCCAACCGACUUUGCCUUUUGCAAGAAAAAGACCAAGUUUGGAAGAGAUCCCCGUUCCAAAGAAGAUUAUUCUUAAUAUGGACAAAGCAACCCAGGUUGAUAUGGAACCAGCAGUACCCCCUGUACAGAGUAGUGGAGUCGACGUUUAUACACAGACAUCCCUAAAGAAAAGAGAUGUUAUGACCAAAACGACAAGAAAGUUUCGUGAAGGAGAGGCAGAUAUCAAAGUUGUUGCCAAAGAAAGAAUAAUUCAUAACUGA